AUGUCAUACUACGGAGGGCCCGCGGGCCAUGCCACUGGGAACCGCCUGUUCCGGCACAAGUUGACCCCGCAAGAGGAGGAGAUCAUCAAGGUAUCCUUUGAAUCCUUCAGCGAGGAGUCGGACGAGAAGGACGCCAAGGACAAUCCCAUCCGGGUCAUCACCAUUGAUUCUUUGCGCCAAGCAUUUCUUCAGAUCGAUGCGUCCGGAGAUAUUCACGAUGUGCAGCUCAUGAUCGAUGACAUCGAUGCCAACAACGAUGGCAGGAUCGACUACCACGAGUGGCGGGGCAUCAUGACCCGCAAGCUGCUGGGCGAGGACAGCAUGAGCUCGGCGCCCCACACCUUUGAGGCCUUGGAUGACAACAAGGACGACUACAUUCCGGCGGUUGAAUUGCGUGCGCUGCUCAUGAAAGAGGGCCAGGCGCCCUUGAGCGAGCAGGAGGUGGAUGAGCUGCUGCUCUUUGCGGACCCGGAUCAGGACGGCCUUGUGAACUACAAGGAGUUCCUGAGGUGGCUCAGCAACCCAUACUGGCAGCACCAGUACCAGGAUUAG